UGUUAAACGUCGGCCAGCAGUGUUUUGUAAACGAUCAAACCACAAAGCGAAAGUUAAAAGCCCUCUCGAUGAAGACUCAGACUGUUGUCAAUUUUCGCAAACAAUAUACCAUCUGACACCAUUCUAGCAACAUUCAGAUAUGACACCUAAGCGUGGCCUCAUCACUGACACCUUUAAGGUUGUAAAGAAGGCAAGGAGAGGUGGCAAGAGAGACAAGUCUCAUUCACCACCAGGUGGGACAGUAUGUGCAUGUUUAAAUAAAGAGCCUGAGCCCCCACAGCUGAGUCUGAAAGAAAUAGAGCUACAGGAGCUGAAGGUGUUUGAUCUGGACCAGAGGUUCGGACCAUGUACAGGGAUCAGUCGACUUCAGAGAUGGGAGAGGGCCGCACUGCAUGGGAUGAAUCCCCCACAGGAGAUUAAAGACAUUCUACUGAACACUGACCCAGAGUACACGCAGAGUCUCUGGCGUGAUUAUCCACUCUGAAUAACAUGGGUAAAAGCCGAAUGGUGGUGAGGAAGGAAAGAAAAUACGCUUUGUUUUUGAUUGUUUGACAUUUUUUACUAUGUUUAACCAGUUACACAACAUUUUAUUAAACAUUUCUAUA